AUGCCUCAAAUUACAAAUCCUGUUCAACUGGCCAUCCGGGCCGUGGAAUCUGCACAAGAUGAGCUUGUAACUGCGAAGAAGGAACUUGAAUCCUACCGUGAUAACUCAGCGGACAUGGAAGCUGAGCUUUGGGCUGCGAAGGCGGAGCUUGUAUCCUGUGUUGAGGCCCGCGAAGCUGAGGCUGCUGAAUAUCGCACCGCUCUAGAAGCCGCAAAGCACGAUACCGAAACCGCGAAAAGUGAGGCCAAAGCUGCAAAGGUCGAUGCGCAGGAGGCCAGAUCCCAACGUGACGAGCUUAAAGAAAUCCUGAGUGGUGGAGCAAACGGACCAAUUCACAUUUUCGACUUGAUUUGGGGCGAUAAACACUAUGGGAAUGAGGCGGCUGUGCAUGAUCAGGUCGUUGAUCUCAUUAGAACUGGCAGUUACUUUUGGGUGACAAACGACUUGUUUAGACAUGACCCUCUCCCUGGUGUUAACAAGGUUAUGACGGUUGUCUAUCGGUUGACGAGUGCAGGGCAAGAUGGGAGGAUUCGAACUUUUGUGGGACUUGAGCAAGGGCAAUAUAAAUUUUAA